AUGCUUGUACCAAAUCCAUCUCAAGAUUUUCGAGCAAUGGUCGGUGGUGUCGAUGCUGAUAAUUUAAGCGAUAUUUCCGAUUUAAGCGAUACCAUAUUGGAAAAUUUAAAUUCAAAAAAUUUCAAUUUAAUCGUUAACGAUUUUGAAAAGCCUAAAAAAAAUUCAACGGAAACCAAAGAUGGAAACGAAUCGAAAUUAACCGUUGAAAAAAUAAACGAUGAUAAUUACGUUCGAGAUAUCGAUGAUAAUGUUAAAAUUAAAAAUGAUAAGGAAAAUUAUAAAGAUAAAAAAGUGAAAAAUUCUGGUAAUACUGAAAAUAUUUUAAGAAAAGAAUAUGUCAUGCCAAAGGUUAAAGAAUUAGUUAAACAAUUUGCACCGGAGGAAUUCGUAAAAGAUUCUGGUAUUAAUUGCGACGAUGGUGAAAAAUUAACAGAAGGUAAAAUGGAAAAAAAGAAAAAUGGAAUUCCAGUAAUAAUUCCAUAUAAUGGAAAAGAAAUUCAUAGUCUAACGGCAAGAAGCAUAUCGAAAGUAUUUCGAGAAGGUCUUAAAAAUAAUACUACGACGGUUAAAUUAUUUCAAAAAAAUGUCGAUGUUGAUGGUGAAAACACCCAAUACCGUCGUAACACAAAAUUAUAA